GCGGCAGCACCGAGUGCAGGAGCUGUAUGUAGCGAGUGCUGUGCAGAGUCUCCUAUAGACCCAGAGCUGGGUUCACAGAGAGGGGAGCUGGGCAUACAGAGGGACCAGGCUGCAAGCUUUCACACCGUGCACCAGACACUCACAACUCGAGGUCAGCGACGGAGCAGCUUUUACACUUUGUUUGGUGGAAGGAGCUGCACUCUCUCUGAAAAUAUACAGGAGAGGAUGCCUUUAGGAGAGAUGGACAAAACAUGGAAAAAGAAAGAGGAAAUUAAAGUGGCGUACGAGUUCAAAGAAGUCCUGGGAACGGGUGCGUUCUCUGAAGUGGUCCUCGCUGAGGAAAAGCAGACUCAGAAACUGGUCGCUAUUAAGUGUAUCCCCAAGAAGGCUCUGGAGGGAAAGGAGAAUAGCAUUGAGAAUGAGAUUGCUGUCCUUCGGAAAAUCAAGCAUCCAAACAUUGUGUCACUGGAAGAUAUUUAUGAAAGUCCAACACAUCUUUACUUGGUGAUGCAACUUGUGUCUGGUGGGGAGCUGUUUGACAGAAUAGUGGACAAGGGCUUCUACACAGAGAAAGAUGCCAGCAUGCUGAUCCAGCAAAUCCUGGAUGCUGUCACGUACCUGCAUGAACUGGGCAUUGUACACAGAGACUUGAAGCCUGAGAACCUGCUGUACUACAGCGUCGAUGAAGAUUCCAAAAUAAUGAUCAGUGACUUUGGCCUCUCGAAAAUUGAGGGCACUGGGAGUGUGAUGUCCACAGCAUGUGGUACCCCAGGAUAUGUGGCUCCAGAGGUUUUGGCCCAGAAACCUUACAGUAAAGCAGUUGACUGCUGGUCCAUAGGAGUCAUCUCUUACAUUUUGUUGUGUGGUUACCCUCCUUUUUAUGACGAAAAUGAUGCAAAGCUCUUUGAGCAGAUUCUAAAGGCUGAAUAUGAAUUUGAUUCUCCAUACUGGGAUGAUAUUUCAGACUCAGCCAAAGAUUUUAUUCAACAUUUGAUGGAAAAAGACCCAAACAAACGUUACACCUGUGACCAAGCUUUGCAGCAUCCAUGGAUUGCUGGUGACACUGCAUUAGAUAAGAACAUCCAUGAGUCUGUCAGUGCCCAAAUCAAAAAGAACUUUGCAAAGAGUAAAUGGAAGCAAGCUUUUAAUGCCACAGCUGUUAUACGUCACAUGAGGAAACUGCAGUUGGGUACCAGUCAGGAGGGGUCAGUGCAGAACACGCCCACCAGUCCAUGCCAUGGGACACUGCUGGUACCAGGGGGAGAUUCAAAAAAUGGUUCACCCUGUGACGAAUGCCCUCUUCCCUCCUCGCCACAUUCUCAAGUGCAAAUGGAGCAAAACUUGCUAACCAACCAUUCUCACAGUUGCCACUACUCUAACCGGGUCUGAGUGCAAAUGGAGACCAUCAACAUGCCAGUUAUUCAUUACGUAACCUGGGCUCAGAAGCAGUUUUUAUUUUAGAUGUAACAAUCAUUCCAUUCUCAGCACGUAUUAUCUGAGAGCCUUGUGCUUGGGGCCCCCUCUGAAUGCUCUUAAACUUUGCUGUUCCUCAGAAUGUUGAGCCAGUGAACUAAUGCUUGUGUUGUGAUCAUUGCUUCUGGGUGUGAGGGGUGGGGGUGCUACAGACAAGCGAAUAGUGCAAGUGACAUUCAGGAGCGAUGAGACUCGAUCACGGCCUGCAUUUUCAAUUCCACACCUGGAAACCAAUAAUUAGUAAAACAGAGAGAUGUUAUGGAGUACACUUUGAGGUCAAACCUUUGUGACAGCUGCAAGUCUGAGACAGGGUUUCUAUAUAUUUUAAAUAUAUUAAAAUUCCAAUUAAGAUUUUUUAAAUAAAUCAAAAAUUCAGUUGAGAAAGGGCUCAAUAAAUUCGCACAUAGAAAUCCAGGUGAGUUUGACCCUGCAAUCUAUUCCUUUUUAUGACAGCCACUCUGUAGAUUACUGCUGUUUUAAUAUUGCUGAUGCUUUGUAUACCCUCCCUUAUAGCUAAAGAGGAUUGUUCCAGGUGUCAUAAAAAUUGCCACACAGGUUUGACCUGAUUUUGAGGCUGUUUUGUGUGUAUGUAUGUAUAAAUAUGAUGAAUUUACUCAAAUUAUGUCUUGUAUUGGGACGAAGUCCCAUUUGCAUUGGCAUCUGGAUUCCUGCGUCAAUUGAAUUUGUAGCUUAAUUAAUAAGGACUGUCACAAAAAGAUCCACAACUGUCUUGAGAUCACACUUCAUCGUUUCUUUUUAAUCUUAAAUUCAAGUAGUGAUGGGGCCAACAUCACUUUGUACUUAAUUGAAAUGCUUCAUGAACCUCUGCUGCAAGAGCCAGAAUGUUUUAUGAUAAAUGGAUAGCUUUGAAGUCAAACUACGAGAGUUCCCAUGAAGCAAGGAGUUGUUUUAACAGUUGUACAAAAUUGUGCUGCUCUGGGAAUUAUUCAGACUUUCCAACCAGUACUAUUUGAUUAACUCAGUGAAUUUUUCCAGUUGAAAGAUUUUAGACAGAAAAUGCGUGGCUUUUAUUGGACCUUUUGUACUUCUUUCCUGCUUGUUGAUGGAUCAUCAGUAGUUAAUCAUUUAAGAAUGCUAAUUGGCUGAAACACUUGUAGUUGAAUGGCAGACAAGGUGCUAAGAAUAUGAAUGGCUGCUGUCGAGCCCCUAGAUUUUCAUCAACUCCUUGUAAUGUCGGAGAUAAAGGAGAGGUUAAUGUCAUCUGAUCACAUAUGGACAUCAGUGAUGUUUAUUCCAUUCUGUUUUUAAUUAUUUGAUAUUUUCUUGCAGGACAAUUAAAGCUUUCUUAGAGCUAGAUGACCCGUAGCUCUGGAAUAUUUUUACAUUAUUUAGUGCGGUUUUAAUUCUAGUCAGUUAAUGAAAUUGCGCACUAGCAGGUUUAAAUACCAAGAAGGGCUAAUUAGUCGUAGAGUUACACAGAUAAAAAAUCUGUUUUAACUUCCUGUCCCAAUUGGUACUUACAAGCACACAAUGUGGUGUAAGCAAAAUUGCUAUUUCGUACUGUCUUGGCAGGAUCAGAUCUAGAAAAACAGAUAUCUAUUUUUGUGAAGGGUUUCAAUCAUGGCUUCCUCAAUUCCUUGAUUUAUUCAAAGACACUUAUUUUCAUUCCAAAACCUUUCUGGAGAUUGCAGUGCAGUCCUUCUGGAAAAUGGUUCUGCUGCUCUUAUCCCUUCUGCUCUGCGAUAUGCCAGUUUGGAUUGAUGUUUAUGCAAAUAAUUGAAUCAGAUAUUUCCUAUGAUGGUGACUCAAUUACCAUGAAGUGACUCAGCUGAUGGAUCUGAAUAGGCAGCUGUCAUAGUGACACUGAGACCAUCGGCUAACAUGAAUAAAACUACAAGUACACUCUAGGUAAAAGAGCCCAAAGCACUUUAUGUUUGGAACGUUAUAAUUCUAACAAAUCCUAGUGCCAUCUUUUACAUGGAUUAACUGGGUAAGUUGAAUUCCCACUACAGCAGAAGAGCUUGUAUUUAAGAACGGGGAAGGUCUCUGUCGAUACUGGAGAAUUCUGUUUUUAAGUUUGUUUUCUGUUCCAAAAUCCAUAAAUUCAGGAGCUUCUCUAAACUUGUGGGCCUAAGUUGGCACUGGGUAAAACUGUCAAUAUGAAUCAAUUGGACUUCAAAUAAAAUGCCCAGCGUCAACAAAAUGUUGCUCACCAUGUUGCUUUCCCACAGUGCACAGGAACUAAAAUGAAAAAAGAAUUUUCCAUCUGUUUAAAGAAAAACAAAUGUCAAAUACAUUUUGUUUACAGUUAAACGUGAGGGACGGUUUUAUACAUGGGUUGACACUGGCUGCUAAGGCUCGAAGUGAAAUGCAAAGCAAACAAAAACAGAAAACGCUGAAAAAACUCAGGACUGGCAGCAUCUGUGGAGACAGAAGCAGAGUUAAUGUCCCAAGUCCAGUUACCCCUCGGUAGAGCAGUCAAAGUGAAAUGCGCAUUUUGUCAUUGAGAAAGGCUCUUUAUUGAAGUAGGCUGUUGAAGUUUUCUGGUUAUCUAACAUUAACUAACUGUUCAUGACUGUAGACAACCAUCAGUUGAUUAUGGAAGUAAAUACAUUUUCUCACUUAGGUUUAAGAUAAAACAAUUCAAUACCUGUAACGUGCAUUCUGAAUGUGUGCUACCAUAAACACUUACCUGAAGGAAGACCUAAUGUUUCAGAAUAUUGACAUUUGUUCAAUAGAAUAGUUGACAGGCCUUGCGUCCCUCAACCAGGCUGUAAAGUAAGCUGAAGUUUGGUAGUGCCCCAUAAGACAUAGGAGUGGAAAUAAGGCCAUUCGGCCCAUCGAGCCCACUCCGCCAUUUAAAUCAUGGCUGAUGGGCAUUUCAGCUCCACUUCCCUGCACUCUCCCUGUAGCUCUUGAUUCCUUGUGAGAUCAAAAAUUUAUCGAUCUCUGCCUUGAAGGCAUUUAAUGUCCCGGCCUCCACUGCACUCCGUGGCAGUGAAUUCCAUUGGCCCUCCACUCCCUGCCCCAGAUCAUGUGUAGUGCUGGCAUGAGGUAGAUAAUUGGAGAUUCUGACCUUUAUUCACAAACGUGACUAACAGUGAAACCCAAAUAAACCCUAGCAGCAGUUGGAUCAAAUACUAAAAUAUUUAUUUACAAAAUUUGGACCGUUGGGACUGGCAUUGUAAUGUGAGCUCCUUUAAAUUUCCUACCAUUUUAAAUCGAUUUUUAAAAUGUCUUUGAUUUUUGUCCAGGCCUAAGUGCUUAUUGUUAGUUUUCGAACAAAAGCAAAGUGAUUGUAUGGAUCCAUCACCUCUUCAGUUGGCCAUUAGUUACUAGCAUGUCACUACUAACAGUGAUAGUUGUUUGUAGAACCUUUUGAACGUACUGGGUACUCCUGACAUUUUUCAGUCCCAGCUAUUUGUGUAAUGAGCCUAUGAAGCAAAAGUGAUCUUACUUCCUAUUCCUUACAGACCCACCAUUAUUUUCACUUCUGGAAUUUAGGGAAGUUAUGAUUCAUUAUGUCUGAAAAAAUUGAGAAAACUCCAUGAAGAAAUCCGAGCUUGGAAUAAGGUUUUUCUUAGCAUGUGCUUCUAACCUUCCCAUUCUGUAGUUUUACUACAAGAUAUGUUUCGUGUGGUCAUGCCUAUACGUUGAGAUAGCUGACAGUUCCCCACAUUUUGCUGGGAGGGAAUGCAUAAUUUUAUCACAAGCAGAAAGUAGUCUGGCAGAAGUCUGGGCUAAAAAUGUUUGUCCUGUUUCGCUUCAUCAUCAAAGUGGAUAUCAAUAGUUGGGACACUUUGGGUCUCCCAUUUCAGUCAUGGCUUGACCUAUUUUACUUUGAUAGAUUGCUGUCUCAGUAUUUUAGCUGCCUAUUAUGUGCCAGUAACCAAAUAUCUGUAUUCAGAAGGAUUUCUGGACAUGAAAUGAGAUGUUAAAUUGUGUGAAAUUGUUAUGGUAUUUGAUUUUGUUGUGGACUUUAAAUUUCCUGAAAGUUAAACUAAAAAGCUGUAAUGCUGGAAACCUGAAAUAAAUGCGAAACGUUCUGAAUGUACGCCCUUUGCCCACGGCAUCUAUCAUAGGAAAAGGUUGAUUCACGUUUUUGUUAAAGAUCUUUCUUCACAGGUCAGUUUUAUUAUCAGGAAAGACUUUACACCUGUAGUAUUAAUCAGACUUUUCCAUUCUGAUGGCUGUGCUGUGAAUUUUCUGUUAGUCUUUAAUUCUUAACAGAUAUAUCAGUACUAUAGUCUAUCAGGACUAUAGACUGUAGAUUCAUGUUUUAUUUCAACCCAAUGUUUCCAUGCUCUGCUGACCUCUUUCUCUUUAUGACUUAUCUACAUUGUUGACCAGUCUAUUCUGAGUUGGAUGACAAGAAAUUUCUUAAGUUCCAAUUGGCCAAUAAAAGUAUGUUUUAUUUGCUUUUUCUUCUUUUACUCAUUUCCAGAAUAUCAGCUGGUGAGUCCAACAUUUAGUGCCCAUUGCUAAUUCCCCUAACUGGGCAGUGUUGAGAUUUGAGUUGCAGUAGAGGUUGGUACAGAGAUGUCAGCAUGCAGAUUGGUGAGGAUCUAGAGACCCAUGCCUGACCAAACUAGCCAAGGAGAGCAGGUGUCCAUCUAUGAAAGUCUUUACUUGAACCAGCCGUGUUUCUAUGACAGUUAGAUAGCUUUGUGAUACUAUUGCCUUCUUUUUAUUUGAAGUUUCUUUUAUAAAGUUAAAUUGAAUUGUUGAAACAGCAGGACUUGAACUUGUGUUCUCUAGUGUUUAUUACCACUGCAUUGCUUUGUCUAUUGCUUAGAGAUAGCAAGAGUUACAUAGGCUGGAGCCAGAGAUAAUGCACUGUGGAGCUGGAUGAGCACAGCAGGCCAGGCAGCGUUAGAGGAGCAGGAAAGUUCACGUUUCGGGCCUGGACUCUUCUUCAGAAAUGGGGAGGGAUAAGGG